GGAAAUUGCAAGUGUGCGCAAAAUCAGAACAAUUGCAAAAUUUUCCUAAACGGAAAGCAAGAAAAAACAAGCAAGUGAUUGGAGGAUAAUAUGAGUAAUGCUAUUAACCAAAAUGGCACAGGUCUAGAGCAGCAAGUUGCUGGUCUGGACUUGAAUGGCGGCUCGGCUAACUAUAGCGGCCCCAUAACAAGCAAGACUUCCACUAAUUCGGUCACUGGUGGCGUUUAUGUGCCCCCGCAUCUUCGAGGUGGUGGUGGCAACAACAACGCGGACGUAGACAAUCAGGGCCAGGGCUUUGAUUCAGGUGCCGCACCCCGUCAGGAUAACAGGGACCAGCAGCAGCAGCAGCAGCAACGCGGCGGUGAAUAUCGUCGAGGUGAUCGCGGCGGUAAUCGCGGCUUUAAUCGCCAGAGCGGCGACUACGGAAGUUUUGGCAGCGGAGGAGGCGGAGGCGGAGGUAGGCGUGGCGGUGGCAAUCGCUACGAGGACAACUAUAACGGUGAUUUCGACUCUCGCCGCGGCGGCGACUGGAAUCGCGGUGGUGGUCGCAGUUUUGGGGAUAGACGCGGACCAUCUUACCGUGGUGGCGGCGCCGGUGGCGCUGGUGCCGGUGGCAACGGUCUCAAUGAACAAUCGGAGGAGGCACAGCAGCCACGCAAUGAUCGCUGGCAGGAGCCGGAACGCCCAAUUGGCUACGAUGGUGGCUCAUCUGAAGGUGGCGGACCCGGCGGCGGCGGUGGCAACAGAAGCUAUAACAAUCGCGGAGGCGGCGGCGGCGGUGGCUACAACAAUCGCUGGAAGGAGGGCGGCGGCGGCGGAGGACCCAACACCGAUUACACAAAACUGGGAGCACGCGACGAGCGUUUGGAGCAAGAGCUCUUUGGGGUGGGCAAUACGGGCAUCAAUUUUGACAAAUACGAGGAUAUACCCGUGGAGGCGACGGGCCAAAAUGUCCCGCCUCAUAUCACAACGUUCGAUGACGUGCAGCUGACGGAGAUCAUACGAAACAAUGUGAAUUUGGCGCGUUAUGACAAACCGACGCCGGUGCAAAAAUACGCCAUACCGAUCAUAAUCAGUGGCCGGGAUCUGAUGGCCUGUGCCCAGACCGGUUCUGGCAAAACGGCCGCAUUUCUGGUGCCAAUCUUGAAUCAGAUGUACGAGCACGGACUGUCGGCACCGCCGCAAAGCAAUCGGCAAUAUAGCCGACGCAAACAGUAUCCGCUGGGCCUGGUGCUGGCACCAACCCGUGAGCUGGCCACACAAAUCUUUGAGGAGGCCAAAAAGUUCGCCUAUCGCUCUCGCAUGCGUCCAGCUGUGCUCUACGGUGGUAAUAAUACCAGCGAGCAAAUGCGUGAACUGGAUCGCGGUUGCCAUUUGAUAGUGGCAACACCUGGACGCUUGGAGGAUAUGAUAACACGCGGCAAGGUCGGAUUGGAGAAUAUACGUUUCCUUGUCUUGGAUGAGGCCGAUCGUAUGUUGGACAUGGGCUUUGAGCCACAAAUUCGUCGCAUUGUCGAGCAGCUGAAUAUGCCGCCGACCGGUCAGCGACAGACGUUGAUGUUCUCGGCGACAUUCCCAAAGCAAAUCCAGGAGCUGGCCAGUGAUUUUCUCAGCAAUUAUAUAUUCUUGGCUGUGGGACGUGUCGGCUCCACUUCGGAGAAUAUAACGCAGACCAUAUUGUGGGUAUAUGAUCAGGAUAAGCGAUCAUAUUUGCUCGAUCUGCUGUCAUCGAUAAGGAAUGGACCCGAGUACUCCAAGGACAAUCUGACGCUUAUCUUUGUGGAGACAAAGAAGGGAGCCGAUUCUCUAGAGGAAUUCCUCUAUCAAUGCGAUCAUCCGGUGACCAGCAUUCACGGUGAUCGCACACAAAAGGAACGCGAGGAGGCGUUGCGCUGUUUCCGUUCCGGAGAUUGCCCCAUUUUGGUAGCCACCGCGGUGGCGGCACGUGGCCUGGACAUUCCGCAUGUGACACAUGUUAUUAACUUUGAUCUGCCCACCGAUGUGGAGGAGUAUGUGCAUCGCAUUGGCCGUACUGGUCGCAUGGGUAAUCUCGGUGUUGCCACAUCAUUUUUCAACGAUAAGAAUCGCAACAUUUGCUCCGAUCUGCUGGAGCUGCUCAUCGAGACCAAGCAGGAGAUACCCGGCUUUCUGGAGGAGAUGCUUAGCUCGGAUCGCGGUCACGGUGGUGCCAAGCGUCGCGGUGGUGGCGCCGGUGCUCGCUAUGGCGGCGCUGGCUUUGGAUCACGCGAUUACCGUACUACUUCUGGCGGUGGCAGCGGCGGACGAAGCGCUGGUCUCGGCAGCGGCGGCGGUGGUGGUGGUGGACGCGGCAGUGGCUCUGGAGGCGGCGGCGGUGGUGGCAACUAUCGUAGCAAUGGCAAUUCGUAUGGUAAGUUUGGUGGAAGCUCUGGAGGCGGCGCUUAUGGCGGUGGUUCCUAUGGUGGCUCCUAUGGCGGUGGCGGCGGCGGUGGCUCACACUCAAACAAUGGCCCAGAUUGGUGGGGUCAAUGAGCAAGGCCUGUAAGCCAACAGCAAGGCGGCAAGCAACAACAAAAACAGCAACAACAACAACGUCAACAACAUCCUGACUGUCGUCACUAUUAAAUGAAAACAAAAAAAAAACAAAACAAAACACAGAAAAUAGGAAACGUAAAGAAUAGAAACAGAGGAUAGAAUAGCAUAUAAAACAAAAAGAAAAGAAACAGAGCCUCAAGCAGAAACAUUUUGAACCGAUAACAACUUUAUUAUAUUUGCAUAUUAUAUGUAACUAUAUAUAUAUCAACUAUAUAUAUAUAUAUAGCGGCAGCAAAUGUUAAAGAGAAACUGUCUGUGCGCAGCGCAAACAUACACACACACACUCACACACACAUCAAUACCCACACCCAACACCCAACAUACACAUUUACAAUAGCAAAAACAUUACAAAUAAAAAAUUGUUUAAAAAUAACACAUAUAUACAAUGUGCAUAUAUGAACAAGAACAACCGCAGCAAAUUACAAACAUUUAAUUGUAGUUUAUAAAACACGCGACUAAAACUAAUACAGCAACAACAAAUUACAAAUAUGCUAGAGCUAAGAGGGCGACA